AUGAGUCAGAUCGCUGGAGGUCCUCUGAAGGCCGUUGGAAUCGAUUUCCUCAGGAAACAGAAUACCUAUCUCCACCACACCAAUGAUUACAGUAACUCGAAUCUGGUUGUGAGGCGUGGGCAGGAGUUUCAGUUGAAGCUGACCUUUAGCAGAGAGCUGAAAGACCAGGACAAAAUCACACUGCAGCUCAGUAUUGGUGAAAAACCAAAGCAAUCAAGUGGGACUCUUUUGUCCUUGAAUGCAAGGUCAGGACAGCAAGUUAACCGCUGGUGUGCCACCAUCAGUCAAACCAACGGAAAGGAGUGCCUGGUUGUUGUGACCAGCCCAGCAGAUGCAAUUGUUGGGAAAUACCAGCUGAGUGUGAAAACGGGGCCUAAUAUCUAUCAACCGGAGAAGAGCUGUAUCUAUAUUUUGUUCAACCCAUGGUGUAAAGCUGACUCUGUUUUCAUGCCUGACGAGGCUGAAAGAGCCGAGUAUGUGCUCAAUGACACUGGCUAUAUCUAUGUUGGAUCAACAAAAAAUAUACAUGGAAGACCUUGGAAUUUUGGGCAGUUUGAAGAAAACGUCUUGGACUGCUGCAUCUACCUUCUGGACAAAAGCCAGCUCAAGCUGAAUGUUAGAAAGGACCCUGUUGUCAUCUCCAGGAGGAUGUCUGCUUUGGUUAAUGCCAACGAUGACGCAGGAGUGCUCUUUGGGAACUGGUCGGGACGCUAUGCUGGUGGUACUUCUCCACUGGCCUGGACUGGAAGUGCCCCAAUUUUGCAGCAGUAUUACAAAACCAAAAGAACUGUCAACUUCGGUCAGUGCUGGGUUUUCUCCGGAGUGCUUACUACAGUCAUGAGAAGUCUGGGGAUCCCAGCCAGAAGCGUGAGCAACUUCGCUUCCGCUCACGAUACAGAGGAAAACCUAAAGGUCGACAUCUAUUUGAACGAAAAGGGAGAAAAAGUAGAGGAAUUAACAUUAGACUCUAUCUGGAACUUUCAUGUCUGGAACGAGGCUUGGAUGAAAAGGCCAGACUUGCCCAAAGGCUUCGAUGGCUGGCAGGCGAUUGAUGCCACUCCUCAAGAACAGAGCCAAGGGAUUUUUCAGUGUGGCCCCUGUCCAGUAAAUGGAAUCAGAAAGGGAGAAGUCUAUCUUCCCUAUGACUCCAAGUUUGUGUUUGCUGAAGUGAAUGCAGACAGGAUCUUUUGGCUUGUAAAGGAUGUGGAUGAUGAAAGCAAAUAUGUCAAGCUGCGUGAAGAGACCAAAGUGAUUGGGAAGAGCAUCAGCACCAAAGCAGUUGGGAAGAACACCCGUGAAGACAUCACAGUUCAAUACAAAUUCCCAGAAGAUUCUCCGGAGGAAAGGAAAGCAGUAGAAACUGCUUGCUCUUAUCUAAACUCUACCAAUCUUGGCUGCUGUGAAAUAACACCUCCCCAUGAGCCUCUUAAGGCUAACCUCCAACUUGGGAUGGAAGGCGAGACAACCUUGUGGCCAGGGAGUCCCAUCAAUCUGAAUAUUGUUGUAAAGAACGAAUCUGCAGGCACAUGGACCGUGGACCUUGUUGCCUCAUGUCAACUGGAGUCCUACAUUGGAAAAGUAGAGGCCAGCCUUGCAACCAUUAAGCAGACUGUCCAAACAGAAGGCAAGCCAGUUAUUCAAAUCCCUCUGAAAGUAGCACCUGAGAGUUACCUAAAAGCACUGAUGGCAGUAGAGGAUGAACUUUUGGUCAAAGUCAACAUUAUUGCGGAGAUUCAAGAAACCAGUGAGAAGCUCACAGAAGAGUUGACUUUAACCUUCCAGUACCCGCCUCUGAAAGUGGAGAUGCCAGAAACUGCAAAGAUUAAUGAAGAUUUUAAGUGUGCAUUCAUUUUCAAGAAUACGCUCUCCAUUCCCUUGGAAAACUGCAAACUGCACGUAGAAGGCUUGGGCAUCUUUAGAAUGGAAACAUUUGAUCAAGGGGAUGUGGCUCCUGGCAACAUCUUUAAAUCCAAAAUCGUAUGUGCUCCGAGAAGAACGGGUACCAAAAAGAUAGUGGCCAAACUCAACUCCACCCAAGUGAAAGGGAUAACUGUGGAAAAGGUUAUCACCAUCACGGAAUAG